AUGAAUAAAAGGUUGGUGAGUCAGAAAAAUACUGGUAGUAUUUUGCGUCAAGAGUUGAAUGAGAAUAAAAAUGUAUUAGGAGACAUGCAUCCUGAAACUGUAAAGAGCUACCAAAAAUUAAUCUAAUAUCUUUUUGUUGAAUAAUAAAAUGAAGAGUGCUUAAAAGUUAUAGAAGCUGUAGUCAGAAUUUACGAAAAUGAAUUAGAUAAAGCAAUUUUAGAUAGUUAAUAAUUUAGAAACAAACAAGCUUGCUUGAUGAAAGAUUACUAAGUAUUUAUAGAUAUACUACUGAAAGUGCAUGAUAUACUUUAAAGUAGCAACUAGACUAAGUUAGAAAUAAUAAAUAAACUGCUAAUUUAUCUACUUAAUAUGUAUACAGAAAAUUCAAAAUAAUACACAUCUAAUUUGUUAAGAAAAGCAAGAGUUCUUCUCAACAAAAAUGAGAAGCUACAGUCUAUGUCAUGCUUGGAGCACUGCUUAAGCAUAUAAAAUAGGAUACUAAAGAAAUAAGAUGUUGAAUUUGGUAGCACAUACAUGAUGAUUGGUGAGAUAUUACAGUAAUAUGGAUUAUUUGAUGAAGCUUUAACUCAUUACUACAUGGCUUUAAACAUAUAUGAUGGACAAAACUGUGAUGAAAAUAUUUAGUCUGCCCAUAUAAGAGUUCAAAUAUCUACGAUUUUAUAUUUUUAAAAUAAAGUAGAUGAAUCAAAUGAAAUGCUUACUUAAGCUUUUAAGAUUUACAAUGAAUAAAAUUUGCUAAAGUUUUUGCCUUAAGAUUUACAAAUUUAUUCUGCCGGCCUUUUUUAAUAUUCCAUAAAUUUGAGAGAUUAAGGGCACUUCGAAAAAGCUUUAUAAUAUGCUACUUUAGAUCAAAAUAUAAAAUAGUAGAAUAGUUUUGACGUUCUUGAAUCAUGCGAAAAUUUAGGUUAGAUUUAUUACUUAAAAGGGGAAAUGAAAAAAUCUAAAGAAUAUUAUGAAAUAGUGUUGAAAUAACUCAAGAUAAUGCAUGAAAAAGAGCCUGAAAAUUAAAAAGUUAUAAAAUAGUAUGUGAAUAUGCUAAAUUAAUUAUUGCUGAUUUCAUAAAUUCUAGACUAAAAUACAGAUGCAUUGAGAUAUUAAAAAGAAAAACAACAAAUCAUGAUGAAACUAAAUUUUAAGAGAGCAAAAUAAAAAAUAUAGAGUAGAAACUUAAAGACUCCAUUUAAAUAAAAUGUGAAGCAACUUGAUUCUUUUCCAUCUUUCAGCUCUCUGUAAACAACAAAAUUACCAAGUAUUACAAAUUUGUAAGAAGACACUUAGUAGACUAGUAGAUCAUUAAAGUAUCUUCAAGAAAGUCCCACUUAAAUUUUCUUUAGACAUAGUAUUUCGAAUUUCAAUUUUAAUGAGCAUCCAACUUCAACAACAUUAUUUAACAGAAGCAUGAGUUUGUUAGUUUAACCAAAGCAAAAUAACUUGAUAAGGAAGCAAUAGACAUUGCAAAGCAUAAGUUUUUAAUUUUAAAAGUGA